AUGUUGCCCGCUCACCGCCCAGAGAAGCUUCCUUCGACAUCGUCGCCUGAGUCCGCGCCAUUGGGGACGGGGGAGGGGGAUCAUGGCACCGAACCGGAAGCCGAGCCCAUCAUCUCAGUGGGCUGGGAUGAGCCAGAGGACCAAGACCGCGAAAAUCCCUUGAACUGGUCGCCAGUGGUGAAAUGGACCAAUAUUCUGACCAUUUCCGUCAUCAGUUUCCUAGUACCGCUUGUCUCCUCGAUGCUCGCGCCAGCCGUUCAGCUGGUGAUGCAGGACUUUGAAACCGAGUCAACCAGCUUCGCGACCUUCUCCGUGUCCAUCUUCGUGCUCGGCUUCGCCUGCGGACCGCUGCUGCUUGCGCCGCUGAGUGAGCUCUACGGCCGCGCGAUCGUGUACAACGUCACCAACGUGCUCUUCCUGGCCUUCACCGUCCUGUGUGCCGUCUCGCGCAACCCGCCCAUGCUGCUGCUUUCCCGCUUCCUGUCCGGCUUUGCUGGCGUGGCCACCAUCACGAUCGGCUCGGGGACCAUCGCGGACCUCAUGCCGCGCGAGAAGAGGGGCAAGGCCGUGUCGGUAUGGUCCGUCGGCACCAUCCUCGGCCCCAUGGUCGGGCCCAUCAUCGGCGGGUACGUGACCGAGGUGGCUGGGUGGAGAUGGAUGUUUUGGGCCGUCUCGAUUGUGAUCGGCGUCGUAACAAUCUUUGCGUUUUUCGUGCUCAGCGAGACAUACCCUGCCGUGUUGCUGGAGAGGAAAGCAGCACGGCUCAGGAGAGAAACGGGGGACCAUCGUUACCGGUCUAAGCUGGCCUCCGACGUCUCUUCAGCAGAGCUCUUCAGACGGAGCAUCAUACGGCCAACAAAGAUGCUCAUCUGCUGCCCGCUCGUCACCAUCAUGUGCUCGUACGUUGCCGUCCUCUACGGCAUCCUCUACCUCCUCUUCGCCACCUACUCGUUCGUCUUCAAAGAAGUCUACGGAUUCUCAACCUUUGCCGCCGGCCUCGUCUUCAUCACCGGCGGCGUCGGCACCCUGCUGGGGCUCCUGUACACCGGCCGGUUCAGCGACAGGAGCCUCAAGAAGCAGGCUGCCGCCGGCAAGCCAGUCACUCCCGAGCACCGCCUCCCUCUAGUAAUCACAUUGCCCGGCGCCCUGGCGUUUCCCCUCGGCUUGUUCAUCUAUGGAUGGAGCGUGGAGGUGCGCGCCCACUGGAUCGUCCCUCAGCUGGGCACCGCUGUGACCGGAUUGGGCUCCAUCUUGGUCUUCAUCGGCAUCCAGACCUACCUGAUCGACGCGUUUGAGGAAUAUGCCGCGAGCGUUAUCGGCGCGAACGCGGUGCUCAGGGGCACUGCCGGGGCGCUCAUUCCGCUCUGCGGCCUGAAUCUGUACAAUGUGCUGGGCUGGGGCUGGGGGAACAGCUUGCUGGCCUUUGUCGCGCUUGCAUUUGCUCCUGUACCCUGGGUUUUUGGCGUCUACGGCGCCAGGAUUCGUAGUUUCAAGUUCUUUCAGCUCAAGGCUUGA